AUGAAAUUACACUACCCGAGCAUCAUCGGCAUCGUCACGGCCGCCGCCGCCGUCGGCAUGGGCAUCGCCCUCCUGACGGCCACCGGCUCUGCGCCCAAUGCCGGCGUCGAAAAUACGUGGAUAACGCUCAACACGUCCCGGGCCGGCCAGAGCACGGUGCAAAUAUCGCAGGUGCCUAGCAACAACCCUGGCGUCGACCCUAAUAGCCUGACGGGGAUCCUGACCGGCCUACUCGACGGCCUACUCGGCAGCCUGACGGGCGCCGUGAACGGCCAGCUGAACGACCUGCAGGGCGAGCUGGUGCGCAACCUGACGCGCAAGGUCGGCCUGCGCCAGGCCUACCUCUUCUUUGUCAGCCACGUGUGCGAGGGCGACUUUGUGAAUCCGAACGAUACGGACUCGGCCGUCAACGUGACGAGGUGCUAUUCGUACAAGGACAAGUCUGAGGGCCUCCGCCGCAUCUCGUCCCAGAUCCCCUCCUCCUUCGUCUUUGGCUCCACAAACGUCUCUAUCCCCCUCGUCGCCGUCCUCGGCAACACCCUCUCCUCGCUCGUCGACCUGGCCACGCAGGGGUCCGCCUUCAUGCAGGCCAUGCUCGUCGUCGGCGUCGUCUGCACGGGUCUCGUCCUCGUCGGCUCUCUAAUCUUCGUCGUCGCCCUGCAGCGCCGCCCCGUCGCAAUCGCCCACCUGGCGCUCGCGCUCCUCGGCUCCGCCGCGUUCUGGGCCGCCGCCGUGGCCGCCACGGCGGUCGCGUACGGCGGCGCGGGGCUCAUCAACGGCGGCGGCGGCGAGGCGCUCGGCGUGCGCGCGUCGGCGGGGUCGCGCCUCGUCGCCAUGGCGUGGGUCGCGGCCGUCCUGUCGGCGCUGGCGGCGCUGCACUGGUGGGUCGUCUGGUUCGUCGAGUUCAGGCGCCACGCCUACGCCAAGCGCCGGCGGACGCCGCAGCAGCUCGGGAGCUACAGGGGCAUCCUGCGCGAGGUGCGGACCGACCGGACGCUGCCGCGCGAGGCGGAGCCCGUGGUCAAGGAGGAGGCGGGCGUGGGGGCGGGGAGGGAUGAUUUGAGGGCUGGGAGGAUUUGA